CCUUCACUCACUCAGUUAACCCCAAGCAUCCCCGGGAGACGGACGCACGCCGCGCUCUCUCCGGCACAUUGCAUCAGUUUUCAGUCACCUUGAGUUAAGCCAGCGGUCCCUCGCGAGUUAGCCACACACAGCUACUAUUAAUAGAAACCAGUGCAUACGUGGCGACUGAACUCAAUUACUACACCGUUUAUAAUUGGGGACAGUGAUACAGUGAGAAAACAAAGAGAAAUAGAGAGAGAGAGGGACAGCGUUGUUGUUAGUGGAGAGUCGAGUGUCGCUUCCGUUCCUCUCACUCUCUCCUCCCGCACUCGCAUCACGUCCACUACGCCUCCUCGUUUUCCUUCUUUUGUUACUGUUUGAGCACUGCUGUUCCCUGCUGUGGACCCCCACCACCGCUACCUCAUCCACAGCACAGUGCAGGACCACUUUCCGGCCCUCACCUCAGUCAGUGUGGGCGAGGGGGACCAGCGGCGCACGGCAGUCUCAUUCAGGUCGGGCCCCAGCCCCCUGACUCCCCUCUAGUAGGCCACAACCACACCAGGGAGGAGGGACACAGACCAGCGGGUGCGCCACAUCAUGAUUUAGACCGUAGAAAAGAGUGCAUGCAGCCCACAGCUCAGCCACCUAAGCAAGAGGAGGAGCGGCAGCCACAGCACAGCAUACACAAGCAGCAGCAGCAGCAGCAGCAGCAGCAACAGCAGCAGCAGGCCCAGCACAAGCCACAGAAACAGAAGCAAGUCCAGGCCCACAGCAGUACAGAGAAACCUCAGAGCAGAGUGCAGCAGGAGGCCGUCAGACCACCAGCAGAGCCACCUCACGCAAGGCAAGGUGAGAAACAGCCAAGGAAAGAAGAGAAACCACAGCAGAGACAAACACAGCGAUCACACCAGGCACCAAGGUUUAGGAGCCACAGCAGCAGCAGCAGCCACUCCCGCCAGCGACAGUGGAGGAACAGUGUGUCACCACAGCACCGCAGACCUCCACCUUGCGACGCCACCCAAGACACCAGUGGCCAGCAAGGGAAGGCCACAGCUGAGGAGACACACAGCAAGAAGAGGAGAAACCGCAAGAACAAGCGGCAGAAGGACAAAGCAGAACAGCAGGAGAAGCCCAGUAGUGACCAUGUGAACAGUAGAGAGAAACAGACCAAUAGGCAGAACACAGAGCCAGGUCACAGCAGACAUACUGAGACAGUGACAGUGGGAGGUCAGGGCAAGGUGAGUGAUAACCCCAAUGGUGCAGUGCCUGGCAGAGUGACACGGAGGGCGGAGUGGACCAGCAGUGCCGGCGUGGGUGAGGGAGGUAUCCGGAAGAAGUGCAAGUCAGUAGAGGAGUCUGGUGUGACAAGGAACAACACAAGAAGCAACACAGACGCAGGAACAAACGAGGAGUGGGAGAGAAGGUUGUACAGUGGUGGUGGCAGCAGCAGCCUCACCACCUCCCCCACCAGGCAGGACCCCCAGGCUAUGCCAGUCACUAUGCCACCUGAAAUGUCCAACAAUAGGCGUCGUGUGGGUAAAGCAGCAGCCCAAAUCUACCGACCACCCCCAGCAAGAGGGAGUCAUGAAGAGAUGAGCCCAGGCCACCACCCACAUGCCCCAGCACAGUCUCGGUCGGGUCCUCAGGAGCCCCUGGGCUAUCACACCUACCCCGUGAUUGGCCGGCAGCGAACUGACAGUGAAUGCAGCACUGCCACCAAUGCCAGUGACUUCUACGGCAAGAAUCGAGGAAGGCGGCCGGAUCAGGUUCUUUACGUGCCCCGUGGGAGAAGACACGUCCCCUCCAGCACCAGUGGAUCAGCCCGUGCCACCCCCACUCCCCUGCAGGAUCUGGAGCCUCUUCCCCGGCCACCCUCCCCCACCUACUCCAUCUGUUCCAUUGCCUCUGAGUACAGUGGGCGGAACAGAUAUGGUCGUCAGGGGAGCCAGGCAUCCCUGUUUGAUGGGGAGACAGAGGGCAGGGUGAGAGGAAAGCCUCCACAAGUUAAGGGUGAAUUCAGUGGAAGGGAAACCAGUGCAGGGAAUCACAGACACCAGAAGGGAGGGAAUGGGAAUGGGCGGUUCUCCAAUGAGACUUAUCAGCUGAUUGAACGCUGCCUCAACCAAGACACAGAAUCUGCAAGAAGCAAAGACAGGCCAGGGCCGUCUGAGUACCACAAGGGUCAGGGUGGCCGGAAGAGUCCUGCACCACUGCGGGAUGCCCAGCACAGCAUCCACAGCAAGGAAAACAUCAUGGCUCCCCAGGCAGAGUCAGGCCGGCGAGCCAAGAAGAGGAGAUCCAGGCGGAGGCACUCACGCAGCCGAGAGCCAAGCAGCGAGCACCACAACAGGGCCAGGAUGGGAGAGCAGCUCCCACGAACACCCACGCCUUCCCGUGGAGGCUCAGGGAGCGAGCAGAGAGCAGGAAGCUGUGAACGCAUUUUCUACAACAGCAGUUAUGAGCGUCAGGACCGGGGUUACGACAACUAUGACCGCUACAGCAGCAGCCGCACCAAUAGCCGCAAUCCCAGCCUGGAGCGCACCACUCAUGUCCCCAACCUGAACUGGAGGGCGGGAGGCAUUGGAGGAUCAAACCCCAUGACCCCCAACAAAGGUAGCCCGCCCUACUGCCCCCCACGGUUCAGAAACUCCUCAGGCAAGCCCCCAUCAGGCAGGCUCGGAUCACUGCCCAAUGUAGCGCUUGACUUAGGAGAGAGUGGUGGCCCCUCAAAGGACACCAUGGAACACUGCCACACCUUGCCCGUCCACCUUCCCAGCACUCACCGGGAGGAACCCAGCCCAUGUACAACUCCAGCCAAUACCACACCCUCCAAGUCUAAGCAGGACACGCCCAGACUCAGCUUGGACAACUCCAUGACGUCAAGCUGGGGAGACAGUAUGGCGUUGCUGGACAUCAGUGAUGUAGAGAGUCCAAGCCAGAGCCAGGAAAUCAAGACACCCUCCAAAGAAUCAUUAAACAGCCCAGCAAGGUCUCCAGUGAUGAGCAGUGAGCCAAACCCGUGCAGCAGUCCAGCUCACCCAGUGGAGAGCAGUAUACAGGACACAGCAGACCACAGCACCUUCAACCAGACUAACACAGACCACAGUGAUACUCAGCUUGACCACAGAGACACCAAUCAGACUAACACAGACUACAGCAGUAAUCCAGACCCCCUGCCAGCUGACACCUGGGACCAAAAUCAGACAGAAUCCCCAGCAAGCCCGAGAGAAGCUGCCCCGCCACCCCACACAGAGGAACACGAGAAAAAAGCAAGUAAGAAGUUUGCAUUCAACUGGGCAGAUGAGACAGAGGACUCCUGGGACAGCCUGUAUGAUGACUCAGGGGAGUGUCUUGACCCGGACCUCAAACAGCAGCUUAAUGACACUCUGGGCAAGGUCAAGCUGGAGAAACCAGUCAAUGACUACUGCCGUUUCCAGCCCCGCUCAGAGGCAGAGAUGAAUGAAGAUGACUAUGCCCAUGUCAUUGAGAUCUAUGACUUCCCCACCUCCUUCAAAACACAGGACCUCAUGAUGGUGUUUGGCCAGUUCCUCUCGGCAGGCUUUGACGUCAAGUGGGUGGAUGACACGCAUGCACUUGGGAUUUUCUCUACUUCCCUUAUGGCUGCCGAAGCUCUUGGCCUGAGACACCCAUUCCUCAAGACUCGCUCUCUGUCCAAUGCCACCAAGUCCUCCCGGGCCAAGGCCAUGCGGAUCACUGAUGCCCUGCUGCCCUACAAGCCUCGGCCAGCCACAUCAGCAGCCCUGGCCCGCCGCCUUGUGUCUGGUGCUCUCGGCCUGAAGGUCAACAUAUCACGGGAGGUCAGGGAAGCUGAGAGACAGAAACUUAAGGAUGCCAAAGCACGCAAAAGGUUGGAAGCCAAACAGAAAAUGGAUGCGUGGGAAGGAAACCUGACCUAGUGUGGCAGGCAGGCAGGAGGACCAAGUUCUCCUGCACCAGUCCUUACUCUCAGCCAUAAAACAGACAAUAGCACCUUCUUCCAUUGCCAGCCAGUGUGUGGCUGCUGCCUCUGUCCCUGUACGAGGCAAGUCUUGGCGAUGAAGUCAGCUUGAUCGGGUCACUUUGUUGUUAUGUAGUAACCAUGCUACAGAAUGUUCUUGGUUGUAUUGCUUUAGUUUGUUAUUAAAAAAAAGUGAGUAUAAGAUUGAUGCCAGAAUCUUAGCAAUAAGUAAUAAGGGAAAGGGCAGUCUUGUGCACUGACGAGCAAUUUACAGAAUUGAGUACGAGUAAAUUGUGCAAUAAGCAAGGAAUCAUCGGUGCAAAGGGUGAUCACUUCAAUGAUAUAAUUUGACAAUUACAUCCAGAGUUUAAUAGAAUUAUUAGUAAAUUAAGACAGGGUUACCCGAAGCUGUUACCAGAAGAUGGGCACACUUAUGUAUGUGUGUAUUAUCUACGCAGGAGAUGUAUUGAGGUAGUGUAUGAGCUGUGUUGCCGCAGCAAGUGCCUGCAGGGUCACCUCAAGCACCCUCUUCUCAGGUAGUCUUAUCACUUAGUGUACCAAGAGAGAAAACAUAGCAUUGAAACAUUGUAUCCAUGCUGCAUUUAUUGUGCACAGUUUAUUCUAUGGUAGUGAGUAGUGACAAAUGAUUCUUAUUGGAGGUGCAUCUUUGCCAUUGUAUUUUGUAGUCAGGAAAUUAAAUUUGCAGGAUUACUGCAAAUAUGUGAAAUUAGUGCCAAAAAACUUUGUUUUGCUAACAGGCAGCAUAAAAAAUAAAUAAAUAAUACAGACUUCUGCAACACAGUGAGAAGGUCCUGCUUUUCACAAGUAUGGAUUGAACUGGUCCCUGUACCAAAAUCUGUCUCACCAUGGACUUCUUGUUACUGGCCACAGUGAGGAUAUGCUGUAGUACCAAGCAAACAUCUGUGGUGGUUGCAGUGUGGCAUGUGCAGUAAGACCUCAUCACAGUCUCAUAAUGGACCAGACCAGAAGCAAAAGUAAACUGUACCUUGGAAUGUUUGGUGGGUGUGUUCUGCAAGCACUACAUCAUCCUUGUGUUAUGUGGAGGCCUAACUACCAUCUCUGUCCAUGUGUUGACUGGACUCAUUCUUGUUACCGCAACUCAACAGGGACUCGGAAAAUUAGAAUCUGUGUUCCAUUGUAGUUCCCUAAGCACAUGGUGAGAUUGCUGUAGUUACUGAGGCUGUCACUACCUCCACACACUACAACUGAUGUCAGGGAGGAAGUGACUGGGUAGGUAAUAGUGCAUCCCUGUCACCCUCAAGAAAGAAGAGAGUAGUGGACUGUGCAUGCUGUGGUGUAGUAAUUAUAUUAUUUAAAGCGUAUUGACCUGAAAGUGUUGGCUGCAAGGGAGGUUCACUGAACGCAUGUCCACCACCAUACAAAUUUUUUAUUAUCUUUUGUGCUCGUGUGUUGACAUGGAGUGAAGUGAAUAUAAGCUUUCAUUUUACUUUUAGAUUGAUUGUACUUCUAAUGUUUUUAAUUUAUUGUAUUUAUUUUGUCUUUUUUUUUUUUUUUUUUUUCAAGAAAGAAAAGUCACUAAUAAUGAUAGUCAUAUUCCAUAAUAGUGGGGCAUUAUGACAUUCUAGUUUAUAGUAUUUUAUGAUUAUUAACUGAUGAUAAGAGAAGGUUUUAUUGUGCAAAUGUGUGUGGUAAUCAAAUGACAUCUUUACUAUUUUGAUAGGGAAGAUCUCAACUUUAUAUUCACAUAGUGUGUUUGAAUGAUGAAGAGCAGAGUGUGCAUGGGUGAGUGUGCGCAGCUGCAGUGCAAUAUUAAGACUGCCACUCAUGGCUUUACAGGAAUAAUUAUUGCUGAGCUGAUGGCAGGGAGAGACAGGCAGGCAUGUAUACAGACUAGCUUGAAAAUAUUUCCUACAGUUACCAUAGGCUCCUUGUCUUGUAGAAAGUAGGUGCAUUGAAGAACACUUGUUUCUUUUGUACAUAUAGGUUAAGUAUUUUUAGACUGAAAAGUUUAUGUUUGAGAAAUUUGGGCAAUGUGUAUUUUUCCGGCCCUGAGCCAGUAAUGUGAUUGAUGUGUUGGAAGAAGUAUAUAUUUUUGUACAUCUUUCACAUUGUCUCUUCAUGAAACUUGUCAAUUAAUAUGUGAUUAUAA